GACAACACUCCGUCACCCAUGGUAUAAUUUCUUCAUUGAAGCGUAUUUACCUUCGUUUGAUUGAUUUUCUUGCUUGCUACCGGCCUUCAUGGCCUCCACUGCAGUCGAUCCCUUUUUAAAGGGAAACACAGGGAGAAAUACUCGCGGCCUCCUCCGCAUCGUCAUUCUAUGCACCAUUGCUGCGGCCGCCAUUGCCAGUCGUCUUUUCAGUGUGAUUCGUUUUGAAAGUAUUAUUCACGAAUUCGACCCCUGGUUCAAUUUCAGAGCAACUAAACAUUUGGUCGAACAUGGCUUCUAUAGUUUCUGGGAUUGGUUCGAUGACCGAACGUGGCAUCCUCUCGGACGUGUCACCGGUGGUACUCUUUACCCCGGAUUGAUGGUGACCAGUGGUGUGAUCUAUCACUUUCUUCGAUUCCUUACGAUCCCGGUCGAUAUUCGCAACAUCUGUGUCCUGCUCGCACCUGGUUUCUCUGGCUUGACCGCAUUAGCAACUUAUCUCCUGACCAACGAAAUGACAACAUCUCCUUCUGCUGGUCUUCUCGCCGCGGCAUUCAUGGGUAUCACACCUGGAUACAUUUCACGAUCCGUUGCCGGAAGUUACGAUAAUGAAGCCAUCGCCAUUUUCCUGCUUGUCUUCACCUUCUUCCUCUGGAUCAAAGCUGUCAAGAACGGCUCUAUUAUGUGGGGAGCUCUGACUGCGCUGUUCUAUGGAUACAUGGUUUCUGCAUGGGGUGGCUACGUCUUUAUCACUAACCUGAUCCCAUUACACAUUUUUGUACUCAUCUGUAUGGGCCGGUACAGCUCACGCCUGUACAUCAGCUACACCACAUGGUAUGCAUUGGGAACGUUGGCCAGUAUGCAGAUUCCUUUUGUUGGUUUCUUGCCAAUCCGUAGCAGUGAUCACAUGUCUGCUUUGGGUAUCUUUGGCUUGAUUCAGGUGGUUGCUUUCGUCGACUGGGUCCGAACCCAAGUCCCCGGCAAACAGUUCCAGACUCUCCUGACUUCUCUUGUUCUGCUUAUCUUCGGUGUUUCGUUUAUCGGAUUGGUCGGCCUGACUCUAUCUGGUAUCAUUGCACCCUGGAGCGGCCGUUUCUAUUCUCUCUGGGAUACAGGAUACGCCAAGAUCCAUAUUCCCAUCAUUGCCUCUGUGUCCGAACAUCAGCCCACAGCAUGGCCCGCUUUCUUCUUCGACCUCAACUUCUUGAUCUGGCUCUUCCCAGCAGGUGUAUACAUGUGUUUCCGUGAGCUUCGUGACGAGCACGUCUUCGUUGUCAUUUACUCCGUCCUUGCAAGCUACUUUGCUGGUGUCAUGGUGCGUUUGAUGCUCACCCUCACACCCAUUGUAUGUGUGGCCGCUGCCAUUGCAUUGUCAUACAUCCUGGACACCUACCUGCUUCUCAAGAGCCCAUCAGCUGGUCAAGAGACUGUCCCUGCAAAAUCAUCCGAUGGUCUACGAAGCGAGCGCGGCACCGUUCAUGGUAUCAGCUCGACAUUCUCAAAGGUGUUCACAACUGCCUCUGUUUCGGCCUACCUCUUACUUUUCGUCGCUCAUUGUACCUGGGUCACUUCCAACGCGUAUUCCUCACCAUCAGUUGUGUUGGCCAGCCGCAUGCCUGACGGUAGUCAGUUUAUCAUCGAUGACUACCGUGAAGCAUACUACUGGCUACGUCAAAACACUGCGCAAAACGCCAAGAUCAUGUCCUGGUGGGAUUAUGGCUACCAGAUCGGUGGAAUGGCCGAUCGACCAACCUUGGUUGACAACAAUACCUGGAACAACACACACAUCGCCACUGUCGGUAAAGCGAUGAGCUCUCGCGAAGAAGUCAGCUACCCCAUCCUCCGCCAACAUGACGUGGACUACGUCCUAGUGGUCUUUGGAGGGUUACUAGGCUACUCCGGUGACGAUAUCAAUAAGUUCCUAUGGAUGGUGCGUAUCGCAGAGGGCAUCUGGCCGGACCAGGUGAAGGAACGAGACUUUUUCACUGCACGCGGCGAAUAUCGUGUCGAUGAUGAAGCCACCCCUACCAUGCGCAACAGUUUGAUGUAUAAAAUGUCCUACUACAACUUCAACAACCUCUUCCCGGCGGGCAUGGCUCAAGACCGAGUCCGAGGCGUCAGACUGCCCGCUGAGGGACCCCAACUAAGCACCCUUGAAGAAGCAUUCACCAGCGAAAACUGGAUUAUUCGAAUCUAUAAAGUGAAACCAUUAGAUAAUGUGGGUCGUGAUCAUCAAACUGCCGUCGCGUUUGAGAAGGGUCAUAAGAAGAAGAAGAGUACGAAGAGGAAGGGACCGCCUGUUUUGAGGGUUGAGUAGAGAUUGAGAUACGAGUAAAACUUGAACUUGUCUUUCUGUUGGUUUGACUACCUCUUAUCAGGUAAUACUUAUAUAUCUUUCCUCGUUGUGUUUUACCUGUUUUUACUCUGGGACUGCUACCUCUAAGGGUAUCCUAUUUGAUGGGAGAAGAAAAAGGCUCGUUUCGAUUUGCAUGACAAUCUUUCUUUGUAUGAUAAUACCUAUAGCAUAAAAUAAGGAUCUGCUCAAUUGUAACG